AUGUCCGUUACCAAGAAAGUAAGAACAGUGAGAAAAAGAACGGCGGCACCCACCGAUUCUGAUCCUGAUACGGACGAACUAGUGCUAUCAUCUGAUCCACUUCAUCCGGCGAAUUUGAUACCUGAAUUAUGUAAACUAUUUUAUUCUCUGGGAUGGGUUACGGGCACUGGGGGAGGUAUAUCAAUACGUAAUGGCAAAGACAAAAGUUUGCAAGCGCUUACAUGUUUCUUGAUCAUACGUUCGUAUGAAUUUGGACGUAACAGGGAUAAUGUAUACAUUGCUCCAUCAGGAGUCCAAAAAGAACGAAUUUCUCCACGGGAUCUUUUUGUUCUCACACUUUCUACGCGAUGCAACCUUCGCUCUCCACCGUCUCUCAAACCUUCCGCCUGCACGCCGCUGUUUUUUAAUGCAUAUACUAUGAGACAGGCUGGUGCAUGUGUUCAUACUCAUUCGCAGAAUGCCGUCAUGGUGACGUUAUUGUAUGGUGACCAAUUCAAAAUCACGCACCAAGAGAUGAUCAAAGGUAUUAAGAAAGGAUCCACAAAUGAGAAUAUGAUGUUUGAUGAGAUGCUCGUCGUUCCUAUUGUGGAGAAUACUCUAUUCGAAGAAGAGUUGACGUCACGGAUGGCCAAGGCAAUCGAAGAUUAUCCAGAGACAAACGCCGUUUUAGUGCGAAGGCAUGGUGUAUAUGUUUGGGGUAAAACAUGGGAAAAAGCCAAGGCAAUGACGGAAUGUUAUGACUAUCUUUUCGAAAUAGCCGUCAAAAUGAAAAGUAUUGGACUCGAUCCUGCUGCCAAACCUACGAUAUCACCAUCACCCACUAUACCCACCCACAACCUUGAGCGCAUGCAAACAAUUGCAAGAUUGGAUGAUCGUGACAUCAAGAUUUCAGAGGCAGUGUACGAAUUAUAUGCCCGGUCUGUCGAGUUUAUGAUAGAUGAAUUAUGA